AGUAAAAUGGUGGCUUAAAUUCUUUAUAUCCAAACAUUGUUUAUAGAAUUCCUCAUUAAUGAUGCGUUUGUUUUUAGUGACGACAUGUAAAAAUAAAAUACGGAAAUUUGUUGUGAAAUAAUGGGUCCUCAGUACUGUUUGUUAUUGUUGUUACUUUCAAUUAUAUCAAUAAAUGGUUUAACUCAGUUACUAUUUUCAAAUCGAAAGGAUAUACGCUUAAUUGAUGCCGAGCCUCGAAGGAGGAAUGCUUCAAGAAUUCUUAUUAAAGACCUCGAAGAUGUGAAUUUUGUCGAUUUUUAUUUUGAGGAGCAGCUUAUCUUCUGGGCCGAUGUUGGUCUUGAAGAAAUUAGGAGUAUGCACAUUAGUGAUCCUAAAACUAAUCGAAGCAUCAUAACAACAGGUUUGAUUUCUCCAGAUGGCUUAGCUGUAGAUUGGAUGGGUAAAAAGCUUUACUGGUCAGAUUCUGAAACAAAUAGAAUUGAAGUCAGUAAUUUAGAUGGCACAUAUCGGAAAGUUCUAUUUUGGAGAGAUCUUGAUCAACCUAGAUCUAUUGCUCUUGUUCCAACAGAUGGUUGGAUGUUUUGGACGGAUUGGGGAGAGACUCCAAAGAUAGAAAAGGCCAGUAUGGAUGGUAAUCAAACCACUAGAACUGCAAUUGUGACAAGUGAUAUUUCAUGGCCCAAUGGUAUUGCAGUAGAUUACGAUACAAAAAGGUUAUAUUGGACAGAUGCCAAAAAGAAAUGCAUCACUAGUGUAGAUUUUAAUGGGAAAAAUCGGCAAUUAAUCACUAAAGAUGAGAUUCCUCAUCCUUUUGCUUUGACUCUUCAUCGAGAUAUGUUAUUUUGGACUGAUUGGUCAACAAAAGCAGUCCAUGGAUGCAAUAAAUUAUCUGGAUGUAUGAAAAGAUCAACGAUAGGUGGUUAUUUUACUCCUAUGGGUAUUCAAGUGUAUAAUAAAGAACGACAGCCAACAGGACCUACUCCUUGUAAUAAGAGCAAUGGCAAUUGUUCUCAUCUCUGCUUAUUAUCAGCAAAUGAACCAUUUUAUUCAUGUGCCUGCCCUACUGGAGUGCGUUUAAAACCUGAUUCAUUUAAUUGUGAAAAUGGUCCUCAGGAACUUCUGCUUUUAGUCAGAAGAACGGAUAUACGAAGGAUAUCACUCGAUACACCUGAUUUCACAGACGUCGUUUUAGAACUGGAAAAUAUCAAACAUGCUAUUGCUGUUGAUUAUGAUCCGGUCAUGAAGCAGAUAUAUUGGACUGAUGAUGAAACCAGAGCAAUUAGACGAGCUCAAUUAAAUGGAUCUGGGCAAGAAAAUCUUGUAACUACUGAAAUUCAUCAUCCUGAUGGCAUAGCAGUUGAUUGGGUUGCUCGUAAUUUAUAUUGGACAGACACUGGUACUGAUCGUAUUGAAGUUGCCAGACUCAAUGGGACUUCUCGAAAGAUUUUAAUUGCUGAAGGACUACUUGAACCUAGAGCGAUAGUAUUAGAUCCUCCUGAAGGAUAUAUGUAUUGGACAGAUUGGGGUGACAGUCCAAAAAUAGAGAAAGCAGCUUUAGAUGGCUCUCAAAGAAUUGUAUUGAUUAGUACAGGAUUGGGUUGGCCAAAUGGAUUGUCUCUGGAUUACCAAGAAAGGAAAUUAUAUUGGGGUGACGCAAAAACAGACAAGAUUGAAGUAUCCAAUCUCGAUGGGACUGAUCGAAGAGAACUGGUAUCUGAUCAUUUGCCUCAUAUUUUUGGAUUUUCUCUCCUUGGCAAUUAUAUUUACUGGACAGAUUGGCAGCGACGCUCAAUUGAACGUGUUGAUAAAGUCACAGGUGUAAUAAGAGAUGUAAUUAUUGACCAAUUACCUGAUCUUAUGGGACUGAAAGCAAUCAAUGUGAACACAAUUCAUGGUACCAAUCCAUGUGCAAUCAACAACGGAAACUGUUCUCAUCUCUGUUUAAAUCGACCUGGAAACAAUUUUACAUGUGCUUGUCCUAUUGGCUUAGAAUUAACUUCUGAUAAUGUAACAUGCAUAGUCCCUGAAGCAUUUCUUAUAUUUUCUCGUAAAGAGAAUAUACGUCGAAUUUCUCUUGAAUCGUACCGUGGUGAUACUAUACCAAUUCAAGGUGUUCAAGAAGUUACAGCUCUUGAUUAUGAUAUCAGUGAUGAUCGUAUAUAUUGGACAGAUGUUAGUACAAAGACAAUAAGUCGAGCAUACAUUAAUGGAAGCUCAGUAGAAUCUGUCAUCAUGUUUGGCCUGAAUUACCCUGAAGGAAUGGCUGUUGACUGGAUAGCUCAAAAUCUUUAUUGGGCUGACUUAGGACUGAAUCGCAUUGAAGUGGCUCGUCUUAACGGACAGCACAGGAGAGUUAUUUUGUAUCAUAAUAUGGAUGAUCCCAGAUCUCUUGCUCUAGAUCCUGCUGAAGGGUAUUUAUAUUGGACCGACUGGGGUACAAAUGGUCGUAUUGAGCGGGCUGCGCUAGAUGGAUCAUACCGCAAAAUUUUGAUUGGAAAAUUGGGAAGACCAAAUUCUUUAACUAUUGAUUACAAUGAACAAAGACUUUAUUGGAUUGACCUUGAUACUAAACGAAUCGAAUCCUCUGAUCUUUCAGGAAAUCAACGAAUGCCACUUUUUGGAAGUUCUUUACAUGAGCCCUAUAGCCUGACACAAUAUGCAGACUAUAUUUACUGGGCUGACUGGACCACACAUAAGAUUGAAAGAGCUCAUAAAUUGAGUGGGGAAAACAGAACAAUUAUUCAAGAAAAUUUGGACAGUGUAAUGGAUAUUCAGGUUUAUCAUACAUCUAGACAGUCAGGAUGGAACCCUUGUGCUGUAAAUAAUGGUGGCUGUUCUCAUCUUUGUCUUGCCUUGCCUGUUUCUGUUCAGCAUAAAGCUUAUACUCAUCAUUGUGAAUGCCCAACACAUUAUACCUUGUCAUCUGAUAGCAAAGGCUGUUUGUAUCCUAGAAAUUUUAUGCUUUUUAGUCAGCGAGGCAGCAUUAGCAGAUUUUUAGUUGACUCACUAGAUUCCCCAGAAGUAAAUCUUCCUAUACAUGGGCUGAAGAAUAUAAAAGCUAUUGAUUACGACCCAGUGGAUAGAUUUGUCUAUUGGAUUGAUGGCAAAGCUAAGACUAUAAAGAAGAGCCAUGUAGAUGGUUCAAAGGUUUCUACUGUUGUUCCUAAUCCAAGUGAUGGCAUUCAUCCUUAUGAUAUAGCUGUUGAUCCAUAUUCUCGUGUUGUGUUUUGGUCGUGUUCAUUGCAUAAUACUAUUAAUGUCACAACUAUAAGAGGAUCUCCUAUAGGCUCCGUGAUUGGAGAUGAAGAUGACAAACCUCGUUUCAUUGCUCUUCAUCCUACUAAAGGAUUAUUAUUUUGGAUCAACAUGAUGCAUCCUCCCUUGAUAGAACGAGCUAAUAUGGAUGGUCAUAUGAGAAGAAUUUUAUUUUCAACAAAUUUGGAAAGACCUACCUCUUUAACUGUCGAUGUAGUAGAUAAUUAUUUGUAUUGGGGAGAUUCAGUUCUAAAAAAGAUUGAAAGGUCAUCACUUUCUGGAACAGAUAGGAAAGUACUGUUAACUGAUACUCUUCUCCAUCCUGUUUCACUGACUAUUCUUGGGAAACAUAUGUACUGGAUAGACCUUGAUCAACAAAUUAUUGAAAUGGCUGAUAAAGACACUGGAGCUCUGCGACAAAGAGUGCAGCGACGAAUACCAGUACUUAUUAAUCUCCUGGCUGUCAAUUAUGUUGAUCCUGACCAUUAUCUUAACCAUCCCUGUGCUGUUAAAAAUGGAGGCUGUUCUCAUUUGUGCCUGGUUCAAGAAAAUAAUAAGAAACGAUGUUCCUGUCCUUUGCAUUUAGUUUUAUCAAGUGACUCAACUAACUGCAUCGACAUACCUGUGUGUCCACCUGACAAAUUUCGCUGCUUAUCAGGAGUCACUUGCUUGCCUGAGAAAUGGCGCUGUGAUGGACGUGCUGAUUGUGAUGAUAUGUCAGAUGAGAUGAAUUGUGAUGUCUGCAAACCUCAACAAUUCAGAUGCCACAAUGGAGAUUGUAUAGAUAGCUCAUUAAAAUGUGAUGGGAUAUCACAGUGCAAGGAUGAAUCUGAUGAGUUGUGUUGCCAAAAAGAUAAGUUCCUAUGUACCAGUUCACACAAAUGUAUCAACACAUUUCUGCUUUGCGAUUCGAAAGAUGAUUGCCUUGAUGGCUCGGAUGAAAGUCCACCUGCAUGUCCAGCAGCACCACAUGAAAUGCCUGUGCACAUUUUUUCAAAAGAAAAUAUAGUCCUCAUUGGCUCAGUUGUGGCUGCUCUUGCAGUUGUUGUCUUCUUAUUUUAUAUUGCCAAAAAGACCAGUUUGUUCAAGAGAAAAGAUGCCACGAAAGAUGAAGACAUUAGGGAUGAGAUGCUUCCUACCAAACCAUACAAUGGAACAGUAAGUUCCAUCAAUGGAAGCAAUCACAGAGGCGUAGCUGUGUCCUCUUUCCAAAGCUCUAGCUGUGCUAUGAGUGGAAUCAGCAUGUCAAUGCCACCUAGUGCAAGUAGUGUAUAUGACCGUAAUCAUUUAACAGGUGCUUCAUCAAGUUCUUCCAGUAGGACUUAUCCUUUAAAUCCACCACCCAGCCCUGUCACUGUACGAUCACAGUGCAUCCAAGGUCAUUGUUCAUUUGGUCCUUCAGGUUCAUACAAGCAUUAUCGAUCACGAAAUAAGCCUCCACCUCCCACCCCCUGCAGCACUGAUGUUUGUGAUGAUAGUGAAGCAUGUAGUAGCUAUUAUUAUGGUUCAGGGUUAGAAUUAGGGUAUGAUUCUGAUCCUUUCAUACCUCCUCCUCCGACACCUAGGAGUCCAUAUCUGUCAGAUGAAAAUUAUGAACUUCUUGGGUGUCCACAGCCACCCCCGCCAUCACCAGUGCCUCUGACCAAUCUUUAACUAUGAAAGAAAAAAGUGGGGCUUCCUGCUGUCCUAUUCUGGGUGCCAAUAAAAAGUCUUUCCCACAUUAUUUAAUAUUCAUAAAUCAGUUAAGUACAAAGUAGGUCUUUUAAAAUCACAUAAAUCUAUUUACAUUUGCUGUAUUUUGAAAUCUCCUAAUCAUUGUAGCUACGCUUUACAAAUCUUCCAAAUGGUUAUAACCUUUUUUGCUGUGCAAAAAUAUUCUGUUGCCCUAAAUGUGCUUAUAAUUAACCCAGUGAUGCAUAAAUAAGUGAUUAUUUAAAAAACGUCGGUGAAAUAGAUGCAAUCUUUAAUUAUAUUUACUUAUUGAUUUUAAAUAGGGCAAAUUUUAUGAUCACAAAAUUUCAUGUAUGUGAAUCCACAUUUUAAAAUCAAUAACCUUUUUAUACCCCCUGAUAGAAUUCGUAAUUUCUGAUAUUUGUUUUGUAUAAACUUUGGACUGUCUUAAUAUCAAAAAUAGAGUUGUUUGUAAUAUGACCAGACCAGUUAGAAGAUUUUUUUAAAAAAUUAACAUUAAUUUUUAUUAAAAAUAGCAGCUAUUAUAUUAAAUCAUUAAUUGCUUUUUUUAUUUAUAUUUUAACAUCAAAAGAGCCAUAGUGGCCUGGCCUUGUGAUAAGGCCAUAGCUUCAGAGUAGAAAAUUCCAGAUUAAUUAUCUUACACCAUAAAAGAACUGGUGUAUUUGUCUAAGCUUAAGAAAUGAGUUUUUGAUAUUUACAGAAAUUUAGAUAAAAGGAUAUGGCUCAUAGAUUGUCCUUGUCAUAUGACUGUGGUUCAAAAUUAUAACAUCCGUCCCUAAAUAAACCUCAGGUUGCUUCAAAUGGGUUGUAAACAUGAUUUAAAUAAAUUCAGUCUUACAAUGAGAGUAAAAUUUCUAUGAUUUGAUACUUGUUAGAAAAAUGUUUAUGUAAUAAAAUGAUGACAGGUAUUUUGUAAAAUUUUAGUUUGGGGUAUUUUGAAAGUUUAGAAAUUGACUGAAAUAAAUUUAAAAAAAAAAAAGCAUUUUGGAAAAGAGGCAUAGACUGGAUAUAGCUGUUUUAGGAAAUUGCAUACUUAUUUACCAUGGCACUAUGUCUGAGCUAUUUGAGUUAAUAACAAAAUUUUUAAUAUCCAGAAGAGUAUUAUAAAAAAUAAAUCAGUACAAUAAAUAAUUCCCCAUAAUGAAUUAAAAAGUCUCUAAUUUCUACAAAAUAUUUUAUCAAAAUUUGACAGAUAAAAAUUGUCAUUUGCAGCUAUUUUGAGAAGCUAUAUGCAGCUAUUUUGAGAAUUAUUUGCCAACCAUUUUAACUGCUAUUUUAUGCAAAUCUGGUUCUUUUUAUUAAUUUGUAUGCAACAUGUGGGAAAGACUGGCUUCCUUACACUUUAUGACAUGUAUGUCAACAUAAUGAGAGCUUGAAAUAUACUAGUUUUAUGUACUUUGUAAAAAAAGAAUUUACUAAAAAUCGCUUAUCGCUUGAAAGAAGAAAGGAGGUUGUGAUAAGUUGACCUAUUUUUUUGUAUGUAUAUAAAUGUUGUCUUUGUAAAUAGAAAUUUUUGUAAAAUGAGCAGAUACUACAUUUUUGGCCAAAUUUUUAUGUAAAUAAUCACAAAAUCACCAUCAUAACGUCUUUUGCAAGACUUUAAAAAAUCCAUUAUGUUCUUUUUAAACUAUUUUAUUUGGUAGUGUUAUAUCAUGUCUCUUGUUUGAAUCUGAGUAAAAUUCAUUAAAAUAUGCAUUUAAAAAGUAAUUAAUUUAUUCAUAUAAUUGGUUGUUUUUCAAUUUAAUAAAAAAAAUUCAAUAAAUUUCAUAAAAAAAAUUUUAAUAUUGUUUAAGAAAUGAAAGGAAAAAGAGAAGCUUCAUCAAAGUAUUCAUUUUUUCAUGGAUUAGUUAUUCAUUUACCUUGUAUUAAAAAAUAAUGGAAAAUGAAAUGAAAAAAAAUUGAUAAGUGGUUUUGAAUUUUAAGUGUUUUUGCAUUUAGAAAAACAACAGUGAAUUGUUUUCAAUAAUAAGUGUGUAGCCUAAUCUUUGAAUUUUCACAAGUGAAACAAACAUUUGCUAUUGUAAACUGUAAAUCUUUUGACACUUGUUAGAAUAUUCAUCAUUUUUGGACAAACACAUUUUUUGUGUGUGUUUGUUUUGCCUUUGCCUGAAUCCAUUUACUACUUAAGUUUGGUUUGCUUAUAUUAUUUUUGUUAUACAUUUUAUCAUCUGAUGUGUUCUAUCUAAUAAAAAUAUGUUUAAAUAUUCUAAAAGUGCUAAGUUUAUAGAAUAUUGUUUACUUCAAUACAUUAUAAAAAAUUGAUUUCAAGAGAAAAAUUUACUUACACUUUGUAUCGGGUAUAUUAAAUGAGUAAUAUGCAGGGAAAAAUUUUUUUGAAACAAUUUAAAAGCACCAAAUUUUAAUUUGUGAAAAUCUUUUUUCAAUGUACUUAAUUUUGCUUCAGUUUUAAUUGAUUUUAAACUGCUAUUUGUAUGUGUGUUUUUUUAUAUAAAAUCAAUAUGAAUCCAUUAGUUUCAUAUGCAUCAUGUUAAUGAUCGAGUAUAUAUCAUUUUAUCAUAUGCAGAGUAAUUAAUUUAACCUACAACUUUGAACUGAAAUAACUUUUCGUCGAUGUAUCACUGUAAAAAUGUGUACAAUGAGAAAAGGUACUAUCAUAUUUGUUCCACAAAUCAUAGUUUUAUUGUUCAAAAUUAAUAUUUAUAUAUUUAAAAUACAAUAUUUGUGCAGAAUUGUUAUUUGCCUUUUCUUUAAAAAAAAAAUAAUAAAUAGUGGCUAAGCUUUAUAAAGCAAUAGUUUAAAAACUUGAUGAAAAAGUUUUUAAGUUUUUACUAUAUUUAAUUUCAAGAGAAAUUUUUGUUACUGGGCUAUUGUAAAAAGUUCACACUUUUAAAACAAAUCCAUUAAAUCCUUAACAUUUGUAGUUAUAUUUCCAGUGAUUCAUAAGUUAUUUCAAUUCAAAUUUGUUUUAUAUGUAUUAAGAUUCAUCUUUAUACCAAUAUUUUUGAAUUUUUAAUGCAUUUUCACCACAUUUAAAUUAACAUGAAAUAAUUCUUGUGGGAAAAAAAAUGGAAAUUAUAUGCAUUUAGCCUAAAUUAGGUUGUUGAUAAAUUGUGUAAAAUUUUUUAGAAUCACUUUUUUCUUUUUCCAUUUCAUUAAAAGAAAGUUAAUAUGUUGCUGUAAUUAUACAUCUACGUAAUCCUUUUUCAUUAAUUGGAUUUUAAAAUAAAAUUACUUGGCAUUAAUUAAUAUCACUGUGAUUCAAUCAUACUAUACUUUAAACUUGGCAGUGAAUUAAUGUGAAUAAAAUUCAGUGUUUUUCAAAAACUGUCAACGCUUCGUUACAACCAGUGUGUUCAAUGCCAGAUAAUCAUUGAAACAUCAUUUUGUCUUUUGAAUACAUCAGUUUAUUUCUCUGAAAUUUGAAUAAUGAUUGGGCAUCAGGUGCCUGAUUUCAAAACAGGCAAAACUUUCUCAGCAAAACCCAGUUAAUCCUGAAAUAGGAAAGCAGAGUUUGAAACUAUAUGGCCCCAUUAAAUCCAUAUUACUAUCGUUUUUCUAAAACAAUGUUGCAUGUUUAUCCACAAUUAUGAAUUUUUGCAUUCUUAAUUCUUGAAUUCCCUGAUAUUAAGCAUUAGUCAGACUUAAAAUUACAAUCAGGUCUCAAAGUUUAGUGCCCACCCACCCAGUAAUUAUUCACCAUUUAUGAAUUUUUUUUUUAAAUAAAUAAAUCCAUUAAAUAAAAAAUUUAAACACUUUCUGAAAGAAGAAUAUAAAUGUGCUAUUGCAGAACAUCUACCAUAAUCAAUUACUACUGAGAAAAUUCACCAAUUUUGAUUUGGUAUCUUGUCUUUUGCUCUGGGUCCUGAAAUAAUUCUUUUUUUGAUAAAAUGGAUUGACAUAUGUCAAAUGUUAUUUCAUGUGAUGGAAGAUUUUCUCAUUUAUAAAGUCAAAAACUUUCAGCAUAGCAAUAAUUUUUUAAAAGAUGAAAAAUAAAUUGUUCAAUGAUAUUGUGAAAUUAUAUAGUGGAUGGUUACUAUUAAUAAUACUUUUUGCCUUCGAAAUUAUACUUCUGUUUGCAAAAUAAAAUUGCUUGAAUAUAUAUAUUAGAAGUACCCUAAAUUAUAGUAUCAUUAAAAGAUUGGUUUUCAUAAUUUUUUUUCCCAAGAUGAUUUCUUUAGGCUUUAUGAAAUUAUGAAGUGUAUAUGUAUCAUUACAUGGUUAUUUUUAUUUAUUUAAAAUUUUGUCAGAUUUUCAUACCACACUAAUUUUUAGGAUUUUUGAAAAGAUUCUGUAAUCACUCCUAUCAAUAAACUUUUGGGAAUGAUAGUUGCAUGAUCUCAGUUGCUCUGCUUAGCCAUAUAACUACUCCUAUAAUUGUAUGUUUAUGAUAAAUCUUCAAACUACUUUUCUCCUUGUUUUAAGUUUAUCAGUAGAUUUUAAUAAUAUAAUAGUUGGUAUUAAAUUAUCCUAUUUAUUGUGUAAUUUUAUGUCAGCAUUUUGAAUUUUUUUUCAUCUGUAGCUUUUUUUAUUAUUAGGAUUUAUUCUUAGGAUUUCAUGAUUUUAACUAUGAUUUUGAAAUUCCAUUAUUAAUAUGAAUUAGAAAGCAAGAUAAGAAAAGGAAUUAUAAGCAAUAAUGAAAUAAAUAAAAUUAAAUAUAUUGAUUUUCUAAAAUUUAAUGUAAUAUUUUAAUCAAUUUUGGGGAUUAUUUUGCUUAUGUUUAUUAAAUGAUGUAAUAAUAAUAUCCACAAUUUAAGGAUGUUUAUGCAGUUAAUUGCUCUUUUUCCAAAUUUGUAGCCCCCCCCCUACUUAUUUCAGAUCUAGUUUUCUGAUAUUCAGUCAGAAUCCUGAAUUCUUAGAAUUAUUUGUGUUCUGUUUUGUUGUAGAUAUUCUGUGUUUUGCUCACGUUUAUAAAAUUUACGAAGCAUUGACUGGGAGUGGAGUUGAAGGAUGUUUACUUAUUUUUAUUUUAUAAAAUUUAUUUAGUUAUUUUUUAAAGAAGUAUCCGAAUGAAAUAUAUUUAUAUUUAUGAUAUUUAUUCAAAUUUUUUUAAAUCAAAAUUUGAUUGUCAUUUUUUCUUACCCCCCCCCCUUCCUUAAUUAUUGAAAAACAGUUUAACUGUAAGUUUCAAUAGGGAGAGGAACUUUUUUCAUUCAUUUUUGAAUUUAAACUAUUAUUACCUUUUUUUUUAAACAAUAGUUAAAUAUAUUAUUCAAUUUACAUUUUUACUACUUAUUGCAUUUACUUUAUGAUCAGUUCAUUACUAUGCAGAAUCUGCCAAUGAAAAUUAUCUGUAAUGAAAUAUGUGUUCAAAAAAAUUUUUGUGUGUUCAUUUUUUGUGCAAUCAUCAAAAAACUCCAAUUGAUAUCACGGCAAAAGAAAAUUUUAAAGCAUUAACUUAGUUUUUCAGUGUCCUAUGCUUUUCUAUACUUACAUUUUUAUGUGUUCAACCAUUUUGUGAUAUAAUUUCAGCUAUUUUUUUUUAUUUAAUGAAUGCAUUUAUGUAUGCAAUAUUUCUCUCUUUUUUACAGUCAUAUGGCAGCAAUGUUUUUAGAUAUUUUUUGUUGUUCAUUUUAUUUAGUUAUCGUUUUUGUUAACAUGUUUGCAGGUAGUUGAAGUAAUAUUUCAUAGUGCAUUAAAUUUGUUACAAAAAACAUAUCAUUCUAUUUGACAUACAUUACAAACUUAUUUAAUCUGUUAAUGUUAUAACAACAUUUAUACUCAGGAUACCUAUGAGGCCUUAACUAAAUGGAUGAAAAAUUCCUUUUGUGUAGUUUUUAUCAUUUUCCUUGUAAAUAAAUGGGGGGAAAUUUUAAUGGCUUAGUUGUAUAUUGUGUAUAGAAAGAAUUUGUAUACCUUGCCAUAUGUAAUUGUUGCAUUAUUGUUAAUAUUUCUGUUGUUUGUAUAUGUCCAUUCAUUAAUUUUUUAAACAAAUUUGAUUCAAUGUGCUAUUUUAAUGACUAAUUAAUAUUUAUUUAAUAAUAUUUUACAAAAUCUUGGAUUAAUAACCAUAUCUGGUAGAGUAAAAAAGUUUCAUUGGUGCUUAGAUGAAUUAUUACUUUUAUUUGCUAAUACUGACUAUUUUUCAAUAAAUUUGCAAUUUGAUUUCAAAGGAAUUUUUUUUUUCUACCAAGUUUUUCUAUAAGCAUUUGAGCUUUUAUAUGAGAAUUAAAAUGCUUAAAUCGUGAUGAGUUAAUAUAUAUUAUUUAAUAAAUUGUAUUUUUGUAAAUUGAACAUCAUUAAAAAUGAGUUUUAAAUGGUUUUGUAAAUAUAUAUAUAUAUUACAAACCUUUUUUUAAAGGAAAGUUGUAUAAUUUAACUCUUAUUACAUUUUACUCAUUAUUUCAUGCUCCAUAAAUAUUAUUGCUGAAAGUUUUUUUAAAUCUGUAAGUUAAUUAUUGAUUUGUAAUUCGUAGGUUUAAUUUUUGUGUAGCUUUGCUUCAUUCCAUUUGUAAAGUACAAUUAUACUCAUCAUGCUGUUAUUUUCUCUGCCCGAUUGUAAUCCAGAUUUAUAUUGUUGCAGCUAAAUUAUUUUCUUAGUUAUGUAUAUUUGUAAUA